GUUGCCUGGCAACCGCAAAAAUGGCGGCCUUUUUAAAAGUGACACUUUUAUUUUGUUUCAUGAAUUCUAUUGUAUUUAUAUAUUGUCAAUAAUCUUUUUUUUUAGCUAGCAUUUGCUGUUUGUACACGCAUUUAAUGAAGUUGAAUUGCGAUUUAAAUUAUAUCAGUACUUUCUGAGUAUACAAAAAGCUAAACGAGUAGUAGCUGUUUUUAAGGAAUAUAGUUUUUUUUUUACAGUAACAUGCGGGAUUCACCGUCUUUUACUUUAUCUGUAUUUUUUUAAGCAUUACAAAUAUAUUUAUGACUCGAUUGAGUAACAGGAUUUUCAAAUACUAAUCAUGUGUUUAACAUUUGGAUGACGAUGAUGUGCGAUUUUUUUUAGUUAGUACCAAAUGUCAUAUUAAUAAUGAUAUAGUAACUUAUACAUAAAAACGUCUCAAAACACAUAAAUCCUUUUUUGAAAAAGUGAAGGUAAUAUAGUAUGUCAUGAAUUGGAUCGUCAGGAAACUGAACAGAUCGAUAAAUAAAAUACGCUUCAGCAGACUACGACUAGAUUAUUACAUAGGCCUAAUUUUCUGGUGCUAAAAAAUGAAGAAAUCAGCGACGGAAACUAACCGAAGAUAUAUGGGGCAGCACCAGAUCAGCCGGAAAAUGAGCCCUCCAGCUGUAGAGGAGCCACUGACCUCUCGACACUCAAGUUGCCUUCAGCAGAGAAAAGGUCAGGAUUGGAAAGAAACAGAAUGCAAAGAGAACCAUGUCGGAUCAGCCUCUAAAACGCAGUCUGCUAAUCUUCCCUGGCUUGGUGACUCAUCUUUGGCUUUGGAUGAAGAGCUCUUGCAGGCACUGGAUGCAUUUGAACCUAGCGCCCCUCCCAGGGGGCAAAGGGCCACUGUGCCAUUACAACCUCAGCAGCAGGAAAAUCACCUUCUUGAACCCAAACCUGACAGAAUUGUGCCUGAAAAUAUGAAAGAUGGCUUCACAGAGCUUCAAAUACCAAGUAGCAGAAAAUCUGGUCUGCACUCCAACAAUGCAAAUCAAAGAACUGUUCCCAGUCUGUCUGACUCAGAGAGGACUACAAUGCAUAGAAAAGUUUCAGAAGAGUCUAAAAACUUGGCCACCAAACUUUUAUUCGGUGAAGAUAAAGAUUGUAAAAAAUCUUAUUCAGAGAUUCCAGUGAUUUCAGAAAACUCAAGUUGUUUUCCAGUGGAAUGGACAGCUAAGCAUAAAAGACAGAGACCUAAUUCUUUAUCAAGCCCUGAAUCAGGCGAUUCAGCUGGUCCAUCCUGUUCAAAGAAAGCUUUGUUGAAGAAAUCAUCUUUAAAUGCAACAAGUUCUAAAAGUUCUGGUAAUGGACACAGGUUUCGGAAGAGGGCAGUUGUUAAAAAAUCAUUUAGAAGUCCUUCCCAGAAUGGUAACAGAAGGCUGGACACUUCAAAUAACUUUAUUCUCUUCAGCCCCACACACCUAGCUGCAGCACCACUGCAGAAGAAGAAACUACAACAUCAACAGCAGCACUCACUUUCUAACCUGUCUGCUUCAGUCCUGACACCACCCACCGGGCUGGACCUUAGCACAACUGAGACCAGCAGACUCAGCGACACUUUAAUGGCUACUGGGCAGAGUAUUCACCUGGCUGUGCCUGCUGACCAGUCAGACAAGCUGUUGCUGUCAAGUUGGGGUCUACCCAAAACAGUCCUGGAGAAGUACCAGAGCCUAGGAGUGGUCCGGAUGUUCGAAUGGCAAGCAGAAUGCCUUACACUGGGACGGGUGUUAGAAGGCAAGAACUUGGUCUAUUCAGCACCUACCAGUGCUGGGAAGACACUUGUUGCUGAACUGCUCAUUCUGAAGAGGGUCCUGGAAACACGAAGAAAAGCCUUGUUCAUUCUUCCCUUUGUGUCUGUUGCAAAAGAGAAAAUGUUUUACCUGCAGAACAUAUUCCAGGAGGCAGGUGUUCGAGUGGAAGGAUACAUGGGAAGCACAUCUGCAGCUGGUGGAUUUUCUUCUCUCGAUGUGGCUGUGUGCACAAUUGAGAAAGCCAAUGGGCUCAUUAACAGGCUUGUUGAAGAAAAGAAAAUGGACCUUCUUGGGAUUGUUGUGGUCGAUGAGUUGCACAUGUUGGGCGAUUCCAGUCGUGGUUAUCUUCUGGAGCUUUUACUGACUAAGAUACGUUACAUUGUACAGAAAACAUCAUCCAGGGAUUCUCAGUCAGGCAACCCUGCACUAAGUCAAGGGGUACAGAUUGUAGGAAUGAGUGCUACCCUACCAAACCUGGGUUUACUGGCUAGCUGGCUAAAUGCAGAGCUGUACCACACUGACUAUCGACCUGUGCCUCUAAUGGAGUGGGUGAAGAUUGGGAGUACUGUUUACGACGGCUCAAUGACUGUGGUUAGGGAGUUUAAACCUGCGCUGCAAGUCAAGGGAGAUGAUGACCACAUCGUCAGCCUUUGCUAUGAAACCAUUCAGGAUGGCCGCUCUGUGCUUCUCUUCUGUCCCUCAAAGAACUGGUGUGAGAAGCUGGCUGACAGUAUUGCCAGGGAAUUCUACAAUCUUCAGCACAGAGCUUUCCAGGCUGAUGAUGGGGCUGUGAAAGACCCAAGCCUCCUUCCUCUUUCCAUGAGUAGGGAGGGACUACAGGAUGUACUGGCCCAGCUGAAACGUUCUCCUGCGGGACUGGACUCUGUUCUCCAACGUACAGUUCAAUGGGGAGUGGCCUACCAUCAUGCAGGCUUGACGUUUGAUGAGCGGGAUAUCAUCGAAGGAGCGUUCCGCCAGGGCUACAUUAGAGUUCUUGCCGCCACCUCGACUCUCUCCUCUGGAGUAAACUUGCCUGCUCGUCGUGUCAUCAUUAGGACUCCCGUUUUCAAUGGUCGCCUGCUUGACGUUCUAACUUACAAACAGAUGGCAGGGAGAGCUGGACGUAAAGGGGUUGACACUGUGGGUGAGAGCAUCCUGGUGUGUAAGAACUCUGAGAGGUCAAAAGGAGUAAGUCUGUUACAGGGUUCCCUGAAACCUAUCUGCAGCUGUCUUAUCAAGAAAGAAGGGGAGGGGGUCACUACCAGCAUGAUCAGAGCGAUCCUCGAGAUCAUAGUUGGUGGAGUAGCCAGCACUCCUGAAGAUGUGAAGAUAUAUGCCUCAUGCACACUGCUGGCAGCCAGUUUUUCUGAAGAGGAUUUAGAGCAAAGUGAUUCUGAGAGUGGAGAGUCAAGCACAGAGGGUCCUGCACCGGGAGCCAAGCGAAGUGUCCAGGGAGGAGCUAUUGAGGCAUGUGUUGAGUGGCUCAUGGAGAAUGAAUUCAUCCAAAUACAAGAGGAGGAGAAAGAAGAAAAGAAAAUUCAGUUGUACAGUCCAACUCAACUGGGUGCUGCCACCCUGUCCUCUUCCCUGUCUCCUCCUGACGCACUAGGGAUCUUUGCAGACCUUCAGAGAGCAAUGAAAUGUUUUGUUUUGGAGAAUGACCUCCAUAUUCUGUACCAGGUUACCCCAGUCUAUGCAGAGUGGACAACGAUUGACUGGUAUCAGUUCUUUUGUCUGUGGGAGUAUCUACCAGCCUCCAUGAAGAGAGUGGCAGAAAUGGUUGGGAUUGAAGAGGGAUUUUUGGCUCGUUCUGUGCGGGGAAAGUUAAUAGCUAAAACCGAUAAACAGCGCAGACAGAUGGCAAUCCACAAACGGUUUUUCACUAGCUUGGUCUUACUAGAUCUAAUCGGUGAAGUUCCCCUCAGGACUGUAGCAAAGAAAUACAGCUGCAGCCGAGGACAGCUUCAGUCUCUGCAGCAGUCAGCUGCCACGUAUGCAGGGAUGGUGACUGUUUUCUGUAAUCGUCUGGGAUGGCACAAUAUGGAACUUCUGCUGUCUCAGUUCCAAAGCCGACUCAGCUUCGGUAUUCAGAGGGAGCUGUGUGACCUUGUAAGGAUCUCUCUUUUAAAUGCCCAGAGAGCCAGAGCACUUUAUAAUGCAGGAUUCAUCACUGUGUCAGAACUGGCUAGAGGAAGUACUGCAGAUGUGGAGACCGCGCUGAAAAAUGCAGUCCCAUUUAAAAGCACUCGCAGGGCAGUGGAUGAGAGUGAACACGAAGCCCAGGAGCGAAGGAAUACCCGCUGUAUUUGGGUCAGUGGAAAGAAGGGCCUGACAGAGAAAGAGGCUGCACUCCUGAUCGUGGAGGAAGCCAGGAAGCUUCUCCAGCAGGACUUGGCCCUCUUAGGUGUGGAGUGGAAUCCAGAAUCGCUUUCUCAAAGCACCCAACAAGGAGCUGCUUCAUCCUCGCCAGCACCUGCACACGAGAAACCUAAGAGUGUGGAAGCAGAGUUACCUUCAGAUAGAGAGCAGCAAGUUUUACAUUCCGAGAUGGAUAAAGCUGAAGCAGAAAGCAGUAAUCGAAGUGAACACAGUACUGAGAAUAACUCUUUGGAAAAGUCCUCUGCACCCAUUAAAGACACAAACAAUUCAGCAGUUGCUAAAUUUGAACAAAUAGUUACUGAUCAUCCACACAAUGGUCUGGUUACAGGUUCUGGUCACAGCAUUAAUAUUGCAAAUGAACUGAAACAAUACAACAAAAAGUGUGGUGUUGGAGGUGCAGUAGAGAUUGUGGGACAGGCUUCAGAACAUGCAGCUACUUCUGUAGUUACACAUGAGGAAUCUUUAACCACAGCCCAAAGGGUAUGUAGACAGAACUUGGUAUCAGCUAGUUCAUUCAAACAAAACCAAUCUAAAAAUAAAUCUCUGAAGGUUCUAGAUACUGUAGAGAAGAGAAGCACUACUCUAUCUGCUGCUGUUGCUGCUGCUUUACCCUUGUAUAGAAAGACUGAAGAUGACUCCAACACUACCCCAAAUGAAGAUAAUGGAAAAAAGUUCCUCACAGUACCAGGUGAGAGUGUCAGGAAGUUACCUUCAAACCUUGCUCCUCAAUGCAGAAAGACUGUGGGUUCUGACCCCAAAGAACAAAAUCAGACAUUUACAACUUUGCAAGUUCCCAUGUGUACAAAAACUGUUAAUGAACAAAAUAAAGGUUUAGUUGUUACUGAAGAAAACUGUACAGCACAUUCUGCACAUGGCACUUCAAAGGUAAAAGGCUUUCAGAAAAGUUCAUCUAAAGAUAACAACGUGGAAAUAAUAUCAGGAGGUUUGAACCCGGUCUGUUUAUCAAACGACAGCGAUACAGAAAACAAUUUGCUGAUGCAGAGCGCUCACUUUUCUGUCAGUAACUGUGGGAACAAAGCUGAGGAGAAUGUCAAAGGUUUUGAAAAAGAUAAUUCGGCUUUGCCCAGAAAUAUCUCGGGAACCCUUCAGAAUGCAACAGCUCAAAGGGUGUUUCAGAGUAAUGCAUUAAUAACGGCUGGAAUUGAAAAGGAAAAAUUAGCAAAGGAAUGUGCUCUGAAAUAUUUGCAUAUUGAUGCAAGAGAUUCAAAGGAAGAUAUUGGGAACAGUGUCCAUCAUGGAAAACAUUCAAAUAUAUCUCCAAAACAGAAUACAGAAAGUUUUCCAGAUAUGCCAAUGCCAAAGAAAACCAGCAGGUCUCCGGGUCUGUAUUUAGCUACCCAAGAGGAGUUUGGGGAAAGCUUUCAGUUGGAUACUCAGACAGAGAGAAUGAUCUUGCAACAGGAAUGUGAUGUAUUGCAUCGCACAGAACCAAAAAAACAAUAUUCAUCACCAGCUGCUAUGCAACCAGGCUUGCUGGGACAAGAGCAGAAAGUUGGGUUACAAGUUCUCAGGGAAGAUAACAGUGGCAAAAAAGUUUUGAUACAAAUCUCUGAUAAAAAUGAGAAUCUAAAUGACAAAAGUUUACAGAAAAGCGGGUGUUCUGCAACCGAUUCUAAAGAAGUCUAUUGUAGUAAUCAGACUGGAGGUGCUUCUUUUUCCAAGUACAAUAAUGUUUCCCUUUCAGACACUCAGCUGGGCAAUUUUCUUGACUACUGUACUUUUGUUGAAGCAAGUGCUUCACCUAUUUUGGCGCAGAGAGGAAAUGUGGUCAUCAAUGAAGUCAUAGAGCUCCAGCAAGUUACAGAAGCCAGUGCAGAGACUAGCCUCAAUAUGAGUGGCAGCUUCCUAUUUGAUAGUCUUUGUGAUAAUCCUAUAGAAGUCCCAGCAGAGGAAGCUGCCCCAAUAGAGAAACCUUGUGUUUCAGAAGAUAACACUUUUGAGGAUAGCAGUGCUUGUGCAAUACACGAUGCACAGGUACAAAAAUCCAAUAAUGUACAGCCCAUCAAUACAUCAGUGAAUCACAACCAAUGGGCUGAAUCAUCUUUUAAUCUAUCAGAUUUUGGUGAAUCAUUUAAUAUGGGUGAAGCCCCGUUUGUAGAGAAACUCAAUUCUGUAUUGAGCAGUGAUGAAGUAGUAACUUCAGAGCAAUGUGGAUCCACAAAACCCAAUGAAAUUAAUUGUCUGUUAUCAGAAAUGGAAUCCCUAAAAGCCAUUAAUACUAAGACCAUUACUGCUAAAAAUGCUUGGUCAGACAUUACUUUUGAUUUAAGCCCAGGAAUGCAGGAGCUUCUGGACAAAUGGCCAAGCCCAUCUGGCAAAAAUGCCUCUAAAAAUGAGUUGCUGAUAAAUGGUAGAGUAGACUGUCUUUCUAUAGAAACUACGAUAGAAAGCAUAGGAAUUGAAACAAUAGGCCAAAAUGUUCAGGGAAUACCUGAAACACCAAAUAAAGUACCAACAAAUAUUAAGAGCCUUGUUGUGGGAGAUAAUCCGGUUACAACUACAAAUCAUGGACCAAACAAUAUUAUUUCCCCAGGUCUGAAUCAAGGAUCAGAUUCAAGACCAGAUAGCCAUAAUGAGCUUGUUCCUCCAACACCACCAACUGAGCCAGUUACACCAAGAAUCAAAAUGUGCGUGUCAAGUUCAGUCAAGUUGGAUAAAUGUAGAGGGAAGGAUUUUUUUAAUGAAGAGUCUUCCUUUCAAGUGAAACGGCAGAAGUUGGCAGUUGAUCAUCGGAAAAAUACAAUGUCUUGCAUAGAGAUAGCUCCUUUGUCAGAAAUGGAUCACAAGACUGAUGACUCUGUUAUAGAUGAGAGUUUUUCUCUGCAGUUGUCUCAGGAUGUGUCUCCCUCUGCGGCUGUCUCUUGCAGUCUGGAAACUCUCACCAUUAUAGAUGUGGCAAGUGAUCAAACCCUUUUCCAGACAUUUAUCAAAGAAUGGAAAGCUAAAACAAGGUUUUCCAUUGCAGUGGCAUGUGAGAAAAGAGAAAGAGUUUUGUCCCCUAAAUCUGCUAUUGGAGGAAAGUUCAAGACAGCACGUGCUACCCAGAAAAGUACAUCAAAAGAAGAUGGAUUUCCAGUACAAGGAAAUGAAGAUCUUGUAGUCACAGGGCUGUCUGUGUGCUGGGGAGGGAAGGAUGCCUAUUACAUUUCACUCCAGCAUGAACAACAAAACACAGAUAUAAGUGCCAGUUUAGCCCCUCCACCUCUUGACCAGAACUUGACAGUAAAGGACAGAUUGAAACAAGUUCAGUUCUGCUUGACCUUGAUUCCUGGGAGAUCAGUAGUUACAUAUGAUUUUAAACAACAGUACAAAGCACUGUUGCUGGCAUGCAGGCUCUCUUUGGAGGGAAACUUUGAAGACCCAAAGAUUGCUUGUUGGUUGCUGGAUCCUAGCUCAAAGGAACGAACCCUCCACAACAUGGUCACCAACUUCGUACCCCAGGAACUGCCACUGCUGGAAGGGAUUGGACCAGGACAAGGCAUCCAGAGCCUGGGGAUCAGGGCUGAUUCCGAGCACUCCGGACGCUACAGAGCCUGCACUGAAUCUGUGCUGGUGUUUAGCGUCAUGAAUCAACUGAGUGUCUUGUUGGAAAAGGAUAGAUUAAAAGAUGUUUUUCAUAAUGUGGAGAUGCCAAAUCAGUACUGCCUGGUGCUUCUUGAGCUGAAUGGGAUCGGGUUCAGCACAGCGGAGUGCGAGUCUCAGAAACAUGUCAUGCAGGCCAAGCUGAGUAGCCUGGAAUCUCAGGCAUACCAACUGGCAGGACACAGCUUCUCACUCACGAGCCCCGAAGACAUUGCAGAGGUUCUUUUUUUGGAGCUAAAACUACCACCCAAUGGGGACACAAAUGGGCAGAUGAAUAAGAAGACUCUGGGUUAUACCAGGAGAAUGGCAGUUAAUGGAAACCGAGUCAGAUUAGCCAAGCAGUUCAGCACUACUAAGGAUGUGCUGGAGAAACUGAAGCCACUUCACCCUUUACCAGGCUUAAUUCUGGAAUGGAGGAGAAUAACAAACGCCAUGACCAAAGUGGUAUUUCCACUGCAGAGAGAGAAAAUGAUGCACCUACUGCUGGGAAUGGAGAGGAUCUAUCCCAUCCCACAGACACACACAGCAACAGGACGAGUGAGCUUCACUGAACCCAAUAUCCAAAAUGUUCCAAAGGAUUUUGAGAUUGAAAUGCCGACUCUUGUAGUAGAGAGUCCCCCCUCCCAGGAACGAGGAAAUCACUUUUCUUCAAAACAAAGGGGUAGGCAGCCACGGAGCUCUCGCCAGUUUGUACCACAAGCCCAAGUGGCAUCGGCAGAGAAAGGGGUGUCUUUUUCUGUCAGCAUGAGGCAUGCUUUUGUUCCAUUCCCAGGGGGGUUAAUCCUGGCUGCGGAUUACUGCCAGCUGGAGCUGCGGAUCCUGGCCCACCUCUCCCGGGAUCGCAGGCUCAUCCAGGUCCUGAACAGUGGGGCAGAUGUCUUCAAGAGCAUCGCAGCUGAGUGGAAGAUGAUCGAACCAGAGUCUGUGGGGGACACUCUGAGACAGCAAGCAAAACAGAUCUGCUAUGGGAUUAUCUAUGGCAUGGGAGCAAAGUCUCUUGGAGAGCAGAUGGGUAUCGAUGAGAAUGAUGCUGCAUGUUAUAUUGAAACAUUCAAAUCCAGAUACACGGGAAUCCAGAAUUUCUUACGAGAGACUGUAAAGAACUGUGGUAAAAAUGGCUUUGUUCAGACCAUCCUUGGGAGGAAAAGGUUUCUACCAGCAAUCAAGGACCCAAACAUCCAUUCUAGAGCUCAUGCGGAACGUCAGGCUGUGAAUACCACGGUUCAAGGCUCUGCAGCAGAUAUUGUAAAAACAGCAACUGUGAGCAUUCAGAAACGUUUAGAGGAAACCUUCCCGUCCACGGUCAAGUCACACAAACACCCCGAGAGCCUGGUGCAGCCAGACAGAGCAGCACGACGACCACGACAAAGGGGAUGCUGCGGUCCGAGUAGCGGUGCGUUUUUCAUUCUCCAGCUACACGAUGAGCUAAUUUACGAGGUUGCAGAGGAUGAUAUAAUACAGGUGGCUCAGAUUGUGAAGAAAGAAAUGGAAAGAGCAGUUAAGCUACAUGUAAAACUCAGGGUGAAAGUCAAAGUAGGGCCAAGUUGGGGUAGCCUACAGGACUUGGAUGUUUAGGUCAGACCAUGAUUCAGAAGGUGGUGUCUGAAAAUGCAUUUGUGCACGCUUCUUGUUAUGUGUGUCUUAAAAAGAUGAAUGGAAAUAAAUCUAUAACAUUUGUAUGAUCAGAAUACUGCUUCAAACAGCAACAUUGCACAGAAAGCAAGGCCUUUUAUCUUGCCUCGUCACAAUUUGAGGUUAAAACGAUUACCUGAAAUACUUGAACCUAAAUGUUUUGUAGCUUUUUUAAAAUAAUUUUAUUGAUGUAGAAUUAAAAAAAUGCCCAGUUUUGACCUCUCUGUCACAAAAUAAUUGAAAGGAGUUUGUCUAGGUUAAUUAUUGUAUAAUAGAGAUUUUUUUUAAUAAUAACAAAAUGUUUACAGAUGACAAAUGCUAAAUACUGGUAGUAUGCUUUGUUUUAUAUGUGCCAUUCAUGAAUAUGAAAUCAUAAAAACAUGAAUUAAGUGUUUUCAGUGGUAAAAUGCAAAAAAACGCAAUGUUUAAAGUUUGAACAUCUGUAAUUCCAUGUACAUUUCUUUGUCAUGUGUAUGUUUCAAUAAAAAAAUGAAAUGUUCAUAGGCUAUUAAUUAUUACUUCUGUUUAUGAAAAUUCUUAUUUGUACUGUAUGUAAUUGAAAGGAGAAAUAAAGUAGAAACUAAGUUUU